AUGAGGAGCUCGAAGGCAGCAGCAGCAGCAGCCAACGGGCAAACAGGACUGACGGCACAGGCCGCAGCAGCAUCAACAGAAGCACUAGCUGCAGUAGCAGCAUCUACAGCAGCAGCAGCGGCUACGGCAGCAGCAGCAGUGGCAGCAACAGCAGCAACAGAAGCCGCGGCAACGGAAACCACAGCAACGCGCGAUGAGGUGGAGAAGGGAUCCACCGGUGCAGGCUGCCGUGUGCUUCAGGCGCUGCAGCAGCUGCAGCAGCAACAGCUGCUGCUGCUGCAACAAGCGGCAGUGCAGCCUUUGUGCAGCAGCAGCAGCAGCAGCAACAGCAGCAGCAGCAGCAGCAGUGACCAGGCAGCAGAGUUAUACACGCAGCUCAGUCACGCUGUGGAUCGGCUUGACGAAGAAGUACUGAUGAAGACAGCAGCAGCAACAGCAGCAGCAGCGGCUGCCGAACCAGCAGCAGCCGCAGCAGCAUCGGCGGCUGCCGAAGUAGUAGCAGCAGCAGCAGAUGCAACAUCAGCAGCAGCAACACCUCUAGAGGCAGUGGCGGGCUGCGCUGCUCAGGUGAAGCUGCGGCUUCCGCGCUGCACAAGGGUGUGCAGCAGCAGCAGCAGCAGCAGCAGCAGCAGCAGCAGCAGCAAAAGCAAAGCCAACAGCAGCAGUUCUGAUAGUUCCUCAUGUGAGCUGACGUAUCUUUACUUUCGAGUCGAUCAGCUGCUGCAGCGCUGUGACGCCGCUGCUGUUGCUGCUGCUGCUGCUGCGGGUAAGCAGCUGCGCAAAGCCAAAACAGCAGCAGCAGCAGCAGGAUCGGGGGGGCAGCAGCGGCAGCAGCUCUGCCUAGGUGGCCAAGCAUUGCUCUUGAGCCUUACUGAAAAUCUGUUGCUUCCAUUUAUGCAUGCAUGCGGGCAGAAGCGGCAGCUGCUGCAGCAGCAGCAGCAGCAGCAGCAGCGGCAGCUGCUGCAGCAUGUGUACGUGCUGCGGCUGGCUGGUGUUGCAUACCUGUCGCCGCCGCAGUGGCAGCAGCUGCAGCGAGUGCUGUCUAGUUUGCAUGCCGAAUUGCUGCAAGCGGCAGCAGCAGCAACUGCAGCAACAGGAGAAGCAACUACAGCAGCGGGAGAACCAGCUGCAGCAGCAGAAGCAACUGCAGCAGGAGCAGAAGAAACUGCAGCAGCAGCAGCUGCUGCUGCACCAGCAGCAGGAGCAACUGCAGCAGCAGACACCACGCAGCAAAGCUGCACGUGCCCGCCCUCAGUUGUUAUUGAGGUAAACUGCUCGGCAGCAGCAGCAGCAGCAGCAACAACCGACGCAGCUGCAGCAGCAGAAACGCAGCAACUACUGCGCACUGUCGAGGAGUUCGUACAAAUGCUGCAGCAGCAGCAACAACAGCACGUUCAGGUGCAAUUGUAUAAGAUAAGCUGUCCACAGCAGCAGCAGCAAGAAGCUUUGCUGAAGCAGCAGCAGCAGCAGCAGCAGCCUCGCUGUCUGCUGUACAUAGGCGGCGACGUGCUGCUGCCUGCCGCUGCUCCAGGGCCGCUGGGCAGCAGCAGCAAAGUGCUGCGGCUGCUGCAGCAGUUGCGAGAGCGUUUGCUGCUGCCGAUGCAAAUGCGCAUAAGGUACUUCACCCGCUGUAGCAGCAGCAACACGAGCAGCAGCAGCAGCAGCAGCAGCAGCAGCAGCACAGCCCUUAUGGAAACUCUGUUAUGCGGCAAGCAAGGAGAGGUCCCCGCCCCACGGUUGCUGCUGUACGGCUACGGCCGUGCUGCUGCUCCUUGCGCUGCUGCUGCUGCUCCAGUUGCUGCUGCGGACGAGCAGCAGCAGCAGCAGCAGCACGAGGACGAUGCGCUCCUUCGCAUCAGCCCGCAGCAGCUGCUGCAGCACCUUUUGUGCCUGCCGGAGGCCUCGGGGCUGCAGCUGCUGGUGGUGCCUCUUGCUGCUGUUGCUGCUCCUUAUGUGGGCGAGUCUGAGCAGCGGCUGGCGCAGCUGUUUGCUGCUGCUGCUGCUGCUGCUCCUUGCGUGCUGCUGCUGCAAGGCCUGGAGAGAGCAGCAGCAAACAGGUCUAUACUGUCUCCGCUCCCCGGCCUACAAAUCGACAGCAGGAGCAGCAGCAACAGCAGAGAGGGUGCGCCGCAGCAGCGGCUAGGAGCAGCAAAAGCCAGCAGGCUUCAAGGCAGCAGCAGCAGCAGCAGCAGUCAGCGGCGACUGCUUGCUGCGCUGCUGCUCGGUCUCGAUGCCCUGGAGGAGAAGCGGCGCUUGCUGCUGCAGCAGCAGCAACUGCAGGAAGAUUCAGGGGCUUGCAGCAGCAAACAGCAGCAGCAGCAGCAGCAGCAAGCCGCUGUGAUUCUCCCACGGCUGGGAAGCAAAGAAGACCAGAAGGCGUGGCAGCUGCAGCUGCAGCAAAAUCCAGCAGCAGCAGCAGGUGUUGCUGUUGUUGCAGCAACACAUAUGCUGCCGGAGGAGCUUGACUCUGCUGCUGUGCGUGCCGGCAGGCUCGACAGCUGGCUCCCAUGGGCAUAA